AUGAGUGACAAACAAACAGCGUUUGCAAAUACAUCAGAUGACACAAUAGUAUGUUAUGCACCGACUAUGAUAACGACUAAUGGUGUAUGGCAAGGUGAUAAUCCUUUGGAUUAUUCCCUCCCUCUUUUCAUCUUGCAAUUGACAUUGGUGGUUGUCACCACUCGAGUUCUUGUUUUCGUCCUCAAACCUUUCCGCCAACCUCGUGUUAUCUCUGAGAUUAUGGGUGGUAUAAUAUUGGGUCCAUCAGUACUUGGACGUAGUAAAGCAUUUGCAAGUAUAAUAUUCCCUUUAAGAAGUGUGAUGGUGCUUGAAACAAUGGCAAACGUAGGUCUUCUCUACUUCCUAUUCCUUGUUGGAGUAGAGAUGGACAUUUCAGUAAUCAAAAGAACUGGGAAAAAGGCUUUUGUCAUAGCUAUUGCCGGUAUGAUCUUGCCCUUCUUCACUGGAUUUGCCUUCUCUUUCCUUUUGCAUAAGGAGCGAACAAAUGGUACAAAAGAAGGCACUUUUGUCCUCUUCCUCGGUGUUGCCCUCUCUGUUACUGCUUUCCCUGUGCUUGCUAGGAUCCUAGCAGAGCUCAAACUCAUAAACACAGAGCUUGGUAGGAUUGCCAUGUCUUCAGCUCUUAUCAAUGACAUUUGUGCAUGGAUUUUGUUGUGUUUUGCCAUUGCAAUUGCUGAAAAUGAUAGUGCAUCUUUGGCUUCCAUUUGGGUGAUAUUUGCUAGUGCAGCAUUCGUUGUCUUUUGUAUUUUAGUCGUUAGACCAGCAAUUUCUUGGAUUAUUAGAAGAACCCCAGAAGGAGAAACCUUUAGUGAGUUUUACAUAUGUCUUAUUCUCACUGGAGUAAUGCUUUCAGGAUUUAUAACAGAUGCCAUUGGGACACAUUCUGUUUUUGGUGCUUUUGUGUUCGGCUUAGUUAUCCCAAAUGGACCUCUUGGAGUUACUCUUAUAGAAAAGCUUGAGGACUUUGUAUCAGGGCUUUUACUUCCACUUUUCUUUGCUAUGAGUGGGCUGAAGACUAAUGUAGGGGUCAUACAUGGGACCACCACUUGGGGACUUUUAGCUCUUGUCAUAUUUCUUGGAAUUGCUGGAAAAGUUGCUGGCACUAUUAUGGUCACAAUCUUUUACCAAAUGCCUAUACGUGAAGGGCUGACUCUUGGCUUGCUUUUGAAUACCAAAGGCCUUAUUGAAAUGAUCAUUCUCAAUGUUGGCAAGGAUCAAAGGGUUUUAGAUGACAAUUCUUUUGCAAUUAUGGUGAUUGUAGCUGUGGUUAUGACUGGACUUGUCACACCUAUCGUUACUACAAUAUAUAAGCCAACAAGGAAAUUCAUACCAUACAAAAGACGAACAAUUCAAAGGUCAAAACCAGAUGCAGAGUUAAGGAUAUUAGUGUGCGUGCACACCCCUAGAAAUGUUCCAACAAUCAUUAACCUCUUAGAAGCUUCACAACCUACCAAAAGGUCACCUAUGUGUGUGUAUGUGCUCCACCUAGUUGAACUCACUGGUCGUGCUUCUGCCAUGCUUAUAGUCCAUAGCACUAGAAAAUCCGGUCGACCAGCUCUUAACAGAACCCAAGCCCAAUCUGAUCACAUUAUCAAUGCCUUCGAAAAUUAUGAACAACAUGCAGUUUUUGUUUCAGUUCAACCCUUAACAGCCAUUUCUCCUUACUCCACCAUGCAUGAAGACAUUUGUAACUUAGCAGAAGACAAAAGGGUGGCUUUUAUAAUAAUUCCUUUCCAUAAACAACAAACAGUUGAUGGUGGGAUGGAAGCCACAAACCCAGCAUUUCGAAUGGUUAACCAAAAUGUAUUAGCAAAUUCACCUUGCUCAGUUGGGAUUCUUGUAGACAGAGGACUUAGUGGCCCUACUCGCUUAGCCACAAACCAAAUAUCUCACCAUGUAGCUGUGUUAUUCUUUGGAGGACCUGAUGAUAGAGAGGCACUAUCAUAUGCAUGGAGGAUGUCUGAGCAACCAGGGACAAGCUUAACAGUGAUGCGGUUCAUUGUAGGUAAGGAUGCAACACAACCUACAGUAAGGCAACGUAGCAAAGAUCCUAAUGACCCUAGAAUACUAACUGUGGAAACACAAGAUCAAAGAGAGAAGCAAAUGGAUGAAGAGUAUAUAAAUGAAUUUAGAAUGCAUAACGCUAACGAUGAAUCUAUAUUUUAUACGGAAAGGGUUGUGAACAAUGGAGAGGAAACACUGGCUGCAAUAAGAGCAGUGGAUAUAAAUGCUCAUGACUUGUUUGUAGUGGGAAGAGGACAAGGAAUGAUAUCACCACUCACUGCUGGGCUUACAGAUUGGAGUGAGUGUCCAGAACUUGGUGCGAUUGGUGAUUUGCUUGCAUCUUCAGAUUUUGCAGCAACAGUUUCAGUGUUAGUUAUACAACAAUAUGUUGGGAUUGGGUUACAAGUAGAGACAACUGCUACACCUCAUGGCUUUGCUCAUCAAGAUGAUCAAUAUAUUGGUUUACAAUUGAUGAAUAAGCGGCCGCCAUCAACAAGAUAAACCAACUUUUAAUGGAUUUUUUUUUUAUUAAGACACGGUUCAUCAUGAACAGAAUUUUACUUGUUUUAUAUGUAGAUUAAU